AUGGCUGGUCUAGACAUCGAAGUGAACGAUGGCGACACAGGACGCCAGCAUUUGGUCAGCCUAAUAGACAAAGUCAGCAACCAGCAAGAUUCUGAUCCCAAGGUGGAGCACCUGACACUAUCUUUCUUGAGCCCUGACGAGAAGCACAUUGCUGAGCGGGGAGGCAACCACCCUGUCCUAGUGCUCCUGGUGGGCUUGAUCAAGCUGUGUGCCGGGAACCUGCGCACCCUGACGCUGAAGGGGAUCCCUAUGGGCGACUACUUUGAUCUUAGGAAGUCCAAUGGAUCAUCAGGGGACCCAAAAAUGUACCAGCCUCUGCUGGGCGCUCUGUGUGCAUGCACGCAGCUCAAGUCACUGUAUGUAAGCCGGAGAGACGGUGAUACCUCAGGAGACCACAGCCGCCUGGUCAUGGCUGUGGCUGAGUCACUGCCAAGUCUGAGGACGCUGCAGUGGCGUUGCCUCAAGAAGAAUGGGGCAGAGCGGCCAACCCCGUUCUCCUCAGCGUUCUUGGCCGCCCUGGCUGAGACUCCCAAGCCCGGCCUGCGCCUGCUGCAGAUCGAUGACUGCGCAUUUGACGCCUACAACAAGUGCCCCAAGGGCGGGUAUAUUCUGCCGGCUUCCCUGCAAGUACUGGCUCUGUACAACCAGGAGCAGUACUUCCACGGCCGUCUUAAGGGUCUCUUACACAACUGCUGCAAUCUGGAGGAGCUGUACCUGUGCCAUUUCCACACCAAUGCCACAGCACCCCCAAAUUUUGAUGCGCUGUGGUCUGUACUCCAGAACUUGCGAGUCCUUGUGCUCGAUGUUGUCAACUGCCGCUGUGACUCAUCAGGCUGGGAGGCUGUGCACGCUGUGCCCAGGUGCCCGAUGUUAAAGAACCUGGCAGUGGGAUUCUUGGAGCCCGAGCACAUGCCAUGGUUUCGAGCAUUUCUUGCUUUCGGCGGAGAGAAGCUGCAGCGGCUACAGCUGCAGCUGUCCAUAAUAAGUUUUGACCCUGAGGACGAUUUUGAAUCCGAAGACGAAGAAGACCGUGACCCUGAUCGCUGCCCCACAGAGGAUGAGUCAGAGUGGGAGUCUUCUGAGGGUGAUUUUGAUGAAGAAAAUCAAAGUGACCCCGAUGCUUACCCUUACUGGGGGCAGCGUAUCAAGCGGCAGCCAUUUGACCGGCCGCCGCCGCGGCCGAGGCAGAAAUUUGAGCGUGUGCUGGGAUCCCUGGAAUGGACUUCGGCUCUGGAGCACCUGCAGCUGACUGCAACCCUGGUAGAUAGGGUCUGGAGCCUUGACUACUUGCCGCAGCUGGCCACGAUUGGCAUCUUUGUGGACCACAAUGAAGGCCUGGGCACCGAUCUCAAGUAUGGACCCUCCACCAAAAUGGGCACCCUGCGGUACUUCAGCAAGGCGUUUGGGCGCAUGCAGGAUGAAGAGAGCCUGCCAGCAUUGCGCAAGAUUUACUUCCACCCAGUGCAGCGAGCCUACCGCCGGUUCCAGGGAGAGGCAAAGCCGCCGAGGGGUGCGGAGGAAUUCAAAUUCAAAUCCGUAGCUCUGGAGGACCCAGGUCGCACCAUGGGCAAGGCCUGGCUUCGCGCGCCGCCCGGGGCACAGGCGGCCGAGGGCCUCUCUCGCGCGUUUGCAUCGCUGAACUUUGAAAGGGGCCUUCGCGGGGGUGCCAGAAGGCUUGGGUACCUCUAUGAUGAGUACGAGCCCGAGUCAUCCGAUGACGAGGGCUUUGGGCAGAACGCUGAGCUGGACGAUGGCGAGCUGACGGCGCCAGGCUGGCGCCACCUGUAUGUAGAGUGUAUCUCUGAGGGCUGGCCGAGCGACGAGGAUGACUACGGGGAUGAUGUCAGCAGCGAUGACGGAGAUGAUGCAAGCGCUGAUGAGGACGAUGAGGUGGACAGUCAGGUCAAGUCCAGCUUCGGGAAGCAGGCGUAA